AUGGCGCGGGCUGGAGUGCCGCUGCUGCUCGCCGUCGCCCGCACGCGUGCGGUGCAGCUCGUGACCUUCGACGGGGCACGCGCAACGACGUUUAGCUUUGUGGAGCUCAACGACCCCGUCAUGGGCGGGCUCUCCACCGGGACCUGGGCCGUGAACGCCACGGCGCGGGCGGGCGUGUUCGACGGCGAGGUCGUGGACGUCCCCAGCCUCCAGGCCCCGGGGUUCAUCAAGGCCGCCGCGGAUGGCAGCUUCCCAGACGCGUCGAGCGCCGCGGACGGAGACCUGGUCCUGGAGGUCCGCACCACGACGCCCGAGUACGGCGGCUUCCGCGUCGCCUUCGCCUCGGGCACCCUGUCCGCGGCCUACGCCUGCGGAGGUGGGGGGUCCCUGCCCCUGAGCCGAGGCUGCUUCAAGGCCAACUUCUCGGUGCCAGCGGGCGACGAGUUCGCUGCGGUGCGAAUCCCCCUCCGGGCCUUCAGCGACAAGUGGAGCCCCGCCACCGGCGAUCAGACGGUCGCCUGCGCCCAGGACGAGGACGUGUGCCCGACGGCCGCGAAGCUCGCCCAAAUCGUGCGGGUGGAGCUCUGGGCCGAGGGCGCCCUGGGCAAGGCGCACCUCGAGGUGAGGUCCAUCGCGGUGGAGCAGGUCGGCGCCGGAGCCAGGAGCACGGGCGAGGCCCGCGCGGCGACCCAGGUCGCAGGCCCGCGGCAGCGCGGCCAGCCCCCCGCGAGGUUCGGCACGUGCAGCGGACCGGUGCAGCCUGGGCUGCGGUACGGCAUCUCGGGCAGGACCGAGGCGACCGUGCCGGUGCCCGUCGACCCCGACGAGAGCCUGGCGGAGGCCGUGUGCUGCGAUGCCCGCACGAGGCUGGCCGCGGAGCCGCAGUUCCUCUUCGAGGCCCCCGACGUCGCCUUGUUCUCCUCGCUCCAGGAGGGUGCCACGGUGUUCUACGACUCCGUGUGCGGGGCCCCCCUGUUCCGCGCGCCCGUCGGCCGCACCGCGGAGGACUUCAGGGCCGACACCACCGAGCACGGGUGGCCCUCGUUCCGCCCAGAGGAGGUCGUUCAGCAGAACGUCGUCACCAACACCACGACCGGCCUCGUCUAUUCCGCGUGCGGCACGCACCUGGGGUCGUACCUGCCCGACGAGCGGGGGCCCCGCUGGUGCAUGGACCUCUCGUGCAUCGCCGGCAACCCGCCCGAGCAGGAGCUGGUGCUCGUCUGA